GGUUGUAACCAAGUGCAGUUCCCUUAGAAUUCAUGCAACAGAAAAAGACCAAACAACUCGCGGAGGGGAAUCGAAGUGUGAGAAGAAGUAAAAAAGGUUCUUCAUAUUUGGAAGAAGAAGAGAAUGUCGUGUUAAAUUCACAAACAGCUAACGAACACACCUUUGGACUAGAGGAAACACAUAUGGCGCCUUUAGCUAUGACUGCCAACUUCUUGAGAGGGGAACAAACGAUGAACUACAAUCAAAGCGUUAAUGCUUUAUUAGAAAGUAUCCAGUCUACCUCGCCUAGUUCAAAUCCCGACACACCGUCAAACUCUUUGCCAAGACUUUGUUGGGAUUUUAUGGAAGAUUUUCCGUCCAAUAAGGGACUGUUUCAGGACUACUCGCCAGAAUCUUCCGUAAACGCCUCCCAAACACAAAGACGUUCAAACCACGGUCGCUAUGAUAAUUCUCUUGGAUUCCUUACCAAAAAGUUUAUAGAGUUGAUUCAAAAUAGUGAAGAUGGAGCUAUUGACUUGAACGAAAUUACUAAACAACUUAAUGUCCAAAAGAGACGAAUAUAUGAUAUCACUAAUGUUUUGGAAGGUAUAGGAGUAAUUGAAAAGAAAGAGAAGAAUAUUAUUGUUUGGAAACGUCAAGAAAUGGAAGAGAAUUCGGCCAAUAUACAAUAUAAAGACUCGAUUGUAGAACAGUUGAAGCAGUUGUCCGAAGAAGAAAACGCAUUGGACAGAGCUAUCGCCGACACUCAGAAUGCAUUGAGAGAACUAGUAUGUUCUCAAAAGGAGCUUGCUUAUGUUACAGUUUCAGAUAUACGUUCCAUUCCUUCACUACAGGGCGAUACUUUGAUAGCCAUACGAGCUCCUCCUGGGACAGAAUUAGAAGUGCCUGAUCCGGAAGAGGGUUUGCCACCAGGACAGAAACGCUUUCAAAUAUUUCUUAAAAGUAGUGGAGGGCCUAUUGACUGCAGUUUGGUAGAAAGUGUAGAAGAUUCUUAUCCUUCUUUUCCUGAUUCACAAGACUCAUCUCAUCAUCGCACUCCACAACAUGUUUAUGGAAGAGAUACUCAACCAAGACAACCCUUUUUAGAUGAAGACGUUGGAAAUUUAGUCAUGGGAACAGAAGUUUAUUCAUCACAAGAAGGAGAUUAUUAUACUGACUCACAACCAAGUCACAGUGGACAAGUAUUAAGAUUGUUUCCUCCUUCACCCGUAGAUGUGGAUUACUUACUUGAUUUUGAUAAGGAUUAUGGAAUAGCAGACCUUUAUCAAGGAAAUGAUGAAAUUUGAUGAUAAUGAUGAUGAUGAUAAUGAAUUACACAGGAAUGAUUGGAAAGAAUCUCGUAAGAAACACAACUUCAUUCCCUCUAUAAGGCACCAACGAAAAGUGAAAGUUGCAAAAUACGAUUAAAGGAGAAAAUACUUUUUGCAUUUC